AUGAAUGAAGCUAAAAGACAACAAACAACAAAAGGUAUUUGGUUAGGUUAUUCACCAGAAAUUGAAUCAAGUAAAAAAGAAUCAGUUGAAAAAUUACAUCAAGAGAAAAUCUUUGUUAUGGAUGUUGAAGGUUCUGAUGGUAGAGAAAGAGGUGAAGAUCAAGAUUUUGAGCGUAAAGCUGCAUUAUUUGCCCUUUCAACUUCUGAAGUCUUGAUUGUAAACAUUUGGGAACAUCAAGUUGGUUUAUAUCAAGGUGCAAAUAUGGGAUUAUUGAAAACUGUUUUCGAAGUUAAUCUUUCAUUGUUUGGUAAUAAAGAUCAUAAAGUCUUGUUAUUAUUUGUUAUUAGAGAUCAUGUUGGUUCAACUCCAUUAUCAAAUUUAUCUUCAACUUUAACAACUGAUUUAGAAAAAAUGUGGGAUGGGAUUAAUAAACCAAGUAAUGUUGAUCCAAAUGCAAAACUUUCAGAUUAUUUUGAUUUGGAAUUUACUGCUUUAGCUCAUAAAGUUUUACAACCUGAAAAAUUUCAUUCAGAUGUUGUUGAAUUAGGUGAUCGUUUUUCUGAUUCCAAGAGAGAUGAUUAUUUUUUCAAAACUGAUUAUAAACAAAAUUUCCCAAUUGAUGGCUGGACUGUUUAUGCUGAAAGAUGUUGGGAUCAAAUUCAAUCAAAUAAAGAUCUUGAUUUACCAACUCAACAAAUCCUUGUUGCAAGAUUUAGAUGUGAUGAAAUUAUGAAAGAAUCAUUAGAAUUAUUUGAUUCAAAAUUUAAUGAAGUUAUUACAAUCUUAGAAUUUGCCAAGAUUACAGGUUUAGAUCUUUCAAAAGAAUUCUUAACAUUAUCUUCAUUAGCUUUAGAAAGUUUUGAUUCACAAGCUUCACAUUAUAAUAAGGCAGUUUAUGAAUCAAAGAGAAGUAAUUUAAAAUCAGAUAUUAAUUUAAAGCUACGAGGUACUCUUGUUGAUUAUAUUAAAUUUUUGAAAAAAUCACAAUUAGAAAUUUUCACAAAAUCUUUUAAUGAUAAAUCAACAAAAAAAUUAUCAUUUGCUGAAAAAUCUAUUCAAGCAAGAUCAAUUGCAUUAACAAAUUUCACAAGUGAAUUAGAACAUUUGAAAAAUAUUGAUCCAGAAGCAUUUGAUUAUCAAAUUGAUCUUGAAGAAUUUUCACAAGAAUUAGAUGAUCAAUUAAUUAAAGUUCGUGAAAAUGAAAUUGAAAAUUUAAUCAAUAAAUUAAAUAAAAAAAUAAACCCAUUAAUUAAAAAUAAAACUUUAGAAUCUUUAAGUACACCAGAUGAAAAUAUGUGGGAUAGAAUUUUGGAAAAUUUCCAAACAAGUUUAAAUUCAACACUUUCUAAAUAUAAAGACGAUGAAGGUGGAUAUGAUUUCAAAAUUGUAUCAGAUGAAUCAAUAAAUAAAGAAAUAAAAAAUAAAAUUGAAAAAUCAGCAUGGAUUUCAUUUGAUCUUUUCAUUCAUGAUUAUUUAAAUGAAGAUAACGUGGUAAACAUCUUAAGACGUCAAUUUGAAGAUGUUUUCUCAUAUGAUAAAGAAGGUAUCCCAAGAACUUGGAAAACAGAAUCAGAAAUUUCAAUUGCAUAUAGUGAAGCAACUGAAUUCUCCUUAGGUUCAUUGCCAUUAUUUUCAAUUGCCAAAUUAUCAAAUGGAACAGAAAUUUUACCACCAUUUACAACCUCUAUUGAAGAAGAAGAUGAUGAUGAUGACGAAGAAGAUCCUCAUUCAUUUGCUCAUAUCUUAUCAGCUACACAACAAUCUAAAAUUAAGAAACAAUUUUUAAAAUUAGCUGAAAUUAGCUAUAGAGAUGCAAAUCGUUCAAUUAUUUCAAAUAUCUCUAGAAUUCCACCAUUUAUGUAUGCAUUAUUAAUCAUUUUGGGAUGGAAUGAAUUCAUGGCAAUUUUAAGAAAUCCAUUAUUGUUAGUCUUAGUUUUAUUAAUCGGUACAGGUGUUGUUUUCAUACAUUCAAUGAAUUUAUGGGGACCUGUUAAUACCGCUUUUGAAAUGUUUUUAAGCCAUGGUAAACAAAUGUUGAGAAAUGUUUUAUUAGAUGAACCACAACAACCUGUUUUAAAUCAAAGAAAUUCAAGUUUUGCUAGAAGAGAACAAGAAGUUGAAAGUUUUGAAAUGGAUGAUUUAUCUGAAAAGAAACAUGAUUGA